AUUCAUGCUAACUUUAUUAAAGGGUCGGUUUCAACUUCCCUUUAUCUCCACAAUCACAUACUAAAUAUGUAUGUCAAAUGCGGGGACCUUGUCGACGCUCAGAAACUGUUCGAUGAAAUGCCCCACAGGAAUGUUGUCACUUGGUCUGGCAUCAUAGCUGGUUUCAUCCAACAGGGAUUUCAUAAUGAAGCUCUCGCUUUGUUCUGCUGUAUGUUUCGUGAUGGAAUGGUGAAACCCAACGAGUUCACGUUGGUUAGUGCGCUUCAUGCAUGCUCGUUGCAUCAGGAUUUGGCUCUCAGCUAUCAACUUUAUGGGCUCCUUGUUCGCUUAGGAUUUGAAUCGAAUAUAUUCUUGAUAAAUGCGUUUUUAACAGCCUUGAUAAGGCAUGGUAAAUUGUUGGGGGCUUUAGAGGUUUUCGAGAAGAGCUCCAACAAGGACAUUGUGUCUUGGAAUGCUGUGAUUGCUGGCUGUUUGCAGCAUUCUUACUUCAAUGUACCAGGGUUUUGGCUUCGCUUGAAUUAUGAAGGAGUGAAGCCUGACGGCUUCACGUUUGCUACUGUUCUUACUGGCUUGGCUGCUCUUUCUGAUCUCAACUUGGGUUUGCAAGUGCAUGCACAACUGAUUAAAUCUGGCCAUGGGGAUGAGAAUUGCGUUGGGAAUUCUUUCGUGGAUAUGUACAUGAAGAAUCAGAGACUGGCAGAUGGUUUCAGAGCUUUCCAGGAAAUGCCUCAAAGAGAUGUGUCCUCUUGGACACAAAUGGC